GUAAGAGUGAGGUGGAGGAGGACAUUCCAGGAGAUGUCACCACAGAAAACCCCAGCAAGAAUUCUAUGGGAAAUUUUGUGGUAUCACCGGAUUAUAAAGCAGAAGAUGAAGAUAUCAUGCAGCACCCUUCAGGAGAAAGCUUUAACGUGCAUCCAAGACUUCACAGUACAGAUCUAUCGUAUAAUCCCCCUAAUCAUAAGGAACCUUGUCCUAGCCAGUCACAAAUUGUUACCACAAGUACAGGUCAGAAAGGGCUUCAGCAUGGGAAACAGUUCCGAAAAAGCUCAUGUCUUUCUACAGACAGAAUAAUUCACACAGGAGAGAAACCAUAUUCAUGUCCAGAAUGUGGGAAAUGUUAUAAAGACAAAUCAAGUCUUGUUUGCCAUGAGAGAAUUCACACAGGAGAGAACUUGUAUUCAUGUUCAGAAUGUGGAAAAUGUUUUGCAAAAAAAUUACAUCUUGUUACACAUGAGCGAAGUCACACAGGAGAGAAGCCAUAUUUGUGUUUAGAAUGUGGUAAAUGUUUCAAAUAUAAAUCAAGUCUUGGUAAACAUAAGAAAAUUCAUGUGGGAGAGAAACCGUAUUCAUGUUCAACAUGUGGGAAAUGUUUUAUACAGAAAUCAAGUCUUGCUACACAUGAGAGAAUUCACACUGGAGCAAAACCAUAUUCAUGUUCAGAAUGUGGGAUGUGUUUCACAGAAAAAUCAAGUCUUGUUACACAUCAGAGAAUUCACACAGGAGAGAAGCCAUAUUCUUGUUCAGAAUGUGGGAAAUGUUUUAUAGAUAAAUCACAUCUUAGUAAACAUAAGAGAAUUCACACCGGAGAAAAACCAUAUUCAUGUUCAGAAUGCGGUAAACGUUUUACACAAAAAACACAUCUUGUUACACACCAGAGAAUUCACACAGGAGAGAAGCCAUACUGCUGUUCAGAAUGUGGGAAGUGCUUUUUAUAUAAAUCGCAACUUGUAUCACAUGAGAGAAGUCACACAGGAGAGAAACCAUUUUCAUGUUCAGAAUGUAGGAAAUGCUUUGCACACAAAUCGGUUCUUGUUUCACAUGAGAGAAGUCACACAGGAGAGAAGCCAUAUUCAUGUUCAGAAUGUGGGAAAUGCUUUAUGGAGAAAUCACAUCUCGUUUCACAUCAGCGAAUUCACACAGGAGAGAAACCAUAUUCAUGUUCAGAAUGUGGGAAAUGUUUUAUACAUCUAUCAAGUCUUAUUAGACAUCAGCGACGUCACACAGGAGAGAAACCAUAUUCAUGUUCAGAAUGUGGGAAAUGCUUUACACAAAGAUCAACUCUUGUUAAACAUGAGAGAAGUCACACAGGAGAGAAACCUUAUUCUUGUCCGGAAUGUGGGAAAUGCUUUACACAAAAAUCAAGUCUUGUUACACAUGAGAGAAAUCAUACAGGAGAGAAGCCGUAUUCAUGUUCAGAAUGUGGGAAAUGCUUUAGACAAAAAUCAUCUCUUGUUACACAUGAGAGAAAUCACACAGGAGAGAAGCCGUAUUCAUGUUCAGAAUGUGGGAAAUGUUUUACAGCUAAAAAACUUCUUGUCAAACAUCAGAGAAGUCACACAAGAGAAAAGCCGUAUUCAUGUUCAGACUGUGGGACACGUUUUGCUAAUAAAGCAAGUAUUGUUAGACAUAAGAAAAUUCACAGAGGAGAAAAGCCAUAUUCCUGUUCAGAAUGUGAGAAAUGCUUUUUACAAAAAUGGGAGCUUGCUCUACAUGAGAGAAGUCACACAGGAGAGAAGCCAUAUUCCUGUUCAGAAUGUGGGAAAUGUUUUUCACAAAAAUCAAAUCUUGUUGCACAUGAAAAAAUUCACACACGGAAGGGAAGCCGUCCUUCAGCAAGUCCUGCACAAUCAAGAGAGGAGCGACUGCCUCUGCACGCGCAAGUGGAAGAGAUGAUGGAGGAGCACCAGCCUCUUAUAUCACAAGAAAAUCCCAGUUCGAGUUCUGAAGGAAACUUCUUGUUAUCACUAAAUGAUAAAGUAGAAGAUGAAGAUAUCAUGCAGCUCUCUUCAAGAGAAAACCUUAAUGUACAUCAAGGACUUCACAGUACAGCUCUAUCAUAUAAUCUCCCUAAUCAUGAGGAACCAUCUCCUGACCAAAAAGAGGGCGAAAGGCUUCAUUGUGGUAAAAAAUCCACAAAAAGAUCAAGUCUUUCUACAUACAGAAAAAUUCAUAUAAGAGAAAAGCCAUACUCCUGUUCAGAAUGUGGAAAAUGCUUUACAAAUAAAUCACAUCUUGUUAAACAUAGAAAAAGCCACCCAAGAGAGAAGUAUAAAUGUUCAGAAUGUGGGAAAUGUUUUAAAAUGAAAUCAAAUCUUAUUCCACAUAAGAGAAUUCACACAGGAGAGAAGCCAUAUUCAUGUUCAGAAUGUGGGAAAUGUUUUACAACUAAAUCAAAUCUUGUUAUACAUGAGAGAAAUCACACAGGAGAGAAGCCAUAUUCAUGUUCAGAAUGUGGGAAAUGUUUUAAAAUUAAAUCAGAUCUUAAUUCACAUAAGAGAAUUCACACAGGAGAGAAGCCAUAUUCAUGUUCAGAAUGUGGGAAAUGUUUUACAAAUAAAUCACAUCUUGUUAUACAUAAGAGAAAUCACACAGGAGAGAAGCCAUAUUCAUGUUCAGAAUGUGGGAAAUGUUUUACAGACAUAUCAAGUCUUGUUAGACAUGAGAGAAGUCACACAGGAGAGAAGCCAUAUUCAUGUUCAGAAUGUGGGAAAUGUUUUACACAAAAAUCAGAUCUUAUUAGACAUAAGAGAAGUCACACAGGAGAGAAGCCAUAUUCAUGUCUAGAAUGUGGGAAAUGUUUUACACAAAAAUCAGAUCUUGUUAGACAUAAGAGAAGUCACACAGGAGAGAAGCCAUAUUCAUGUUCAGAAUGUGGGAAAUGUUUUACACAAAAAUCAGAUCUUGUUAUACAUCAGAGAGGUCACACAGGAGAGAAGCCGUAUUUGUGUUCAGAAUGUGGGAAAUGUUUUACACAAAAAUCAAGUCUUGUUGCGCAUCAGAGAUUUCACACAGGAAAGAAGCCAUAUUCAUGUUCAGAAUGUGGGAAAUGUUUUACACAAAAAUCAAAUCUUGUUAUACAUCAGAGAAUUCAUACAAGAGAAAAUCCAUACUCCUGUUCAGAAUGUGGGAAAUGCUUUACAGAUAAAUCAUAUCUUGUUAGGCAUAGAAAAAGCCACACAAGUGAGAUGUAUAAAUGUUCAGAAUGUGGGAAAUGUUGUAGAGACAAAUCAUGUCUUGUUAUACAUAAGAGAAUUCACACAGGAGAGAAACCAUAUUCAUGUUCAGAAUGUGGGAAAUGUUUUACAAAUAAAUCAAACCUUGUUAUACAUGAGAGAAAUCACACAGGAGAGAAGCCAUAUUUAUGUUCAGAAUGUGGGAAAUGUUUUACAGAGAUAUCAGGUCUUGUUAGACAUAAGAGAAUUCACACAGGAGAGAAGCCAUAUUCAUGUUCAGAAUGUGGGAAAUGUUUUACAAUUAAAUCAAACCUUGUCAUACAUGAGAGAAAUCACACAGGAGAGAAGCCACAUUUAUGUUCAGAAUGUGGGAAAUGUUUUACAGACUUAUCAGGUCUUGUUAGACAUAAGAGAAGUCACACAGGAGAGAAGCCAUAUUCAUGUUCAGAAUGUGGGAAAUGUUUUACACAAAAAUCAGAUCUUAUUAGACAUGAGAGAAGUCACACAGGAGAGAAGCCAUAUUCAUGUUCAGAAUGUGGGAAAUGUUUUAAUGACAUAUCAGGUCUUGUUAGACAUGAGAAGUCACACAGGAGAUAA